AUGCGGGGCACUUUGGGCGCAUUCAUUCAGUCCUGUCUCCUGCUGCUGGUCCGAGCAGACCAGUGGAGGCUCAAGGACUCCGCCAGCUGCGAGUUAAAUAGGAAACAAACGGACCUGAACUCCUUCCUGUGGACGAUCAAACGCGAUCCGCCGUCGUAUUUCUACGGUACAAUCCACGUCCCGUACACGCGCGUCUGGGACUUCAUCCCCGAGAACUCCAAGCAGGCCUUCCAGGAGAGCAACAUCGUCUACUUCGAGCUGGACCUGACGGACCCUUACACCAUCUCAGCCCUGACCAGCUGCCAGUUGCUCCCGCAGGGCGAGAACCUGCAGGACGUCCUGCCCAGAGACAUCUACAGGAGACUUAAAAGACACCUGGAGUACGUGAAGCUCAUGAUGCCCUCCUGGAUGACCCCGGAUCAGAGGGGGAAGGGGCUCUACGCGGACUACCUCUUCAACGCCAUCGCCGGGAACUGGGAGAGGAAGCGACCCGUCUGGGUGAUGCUGAUGGUGAACUCGCUCACGGAGGCAGACAUUAAGACUCGAGGGGUGCCGGUGCUGGACCUGUAUCUGGCCCAGGAGGCGGAGAGGAUGAGGAAGAGGACGGGAGCCGUGGAGAAGGUGGAGGAACAAUGCCAUCCGCUCAACGGGCUGAACUUCUCCCAGGUGAUCUUUGCCCUGAACCAGACGUUGUUGCAGCAGGAGUCUUUGAGGGCAGGAAGCCUGCAGGUCCCGUACACCACCGAGGACCUCAUCAGGCACUACAACUGUGGAGAUCUCAACUCCAUCAUCUUCAAUCACGACACCUCACAGGUGCCCAACUUCAAUAAUGUGACGCUGCCGCCCAACGAGCAGGUGACGGCCCAGGAAAUAGACAGCUACUUCCGGCAGGAGCUCAUCUACAAGAGGAACGAGAGGAUGGGCAAGAGGGUGAAGGCGCUGCUGGAGGAACACCCCGACAAGAGCUUCUUCUUUGCCUUCGGAGCAGGUCACUUUCUUGGCAACAAUACGGUCAUUGAUGUGCUGCGUCGCCAGGGAUACGAGGUGGAGCACACCCCCGCCGGGCAGCCCAUAAACAGGAGGGCGUCGUCCAGACCGGCCUCGCCAGAGUCAGACCACCACCUCGACGAGUCCCCCCUGCUGGAGCCGUUCCUCCACGAGCUCCCCCACAAGGAGGAGGACCAGGGCCGUCCUCUGGAGGACGACGACCUGCUGCCCCACAUGCUUCUGCCGCCGGACAGCCUGGAGCUGCUGGAGAAGGCCGAGAGGAAAAUGCUGAAGAAGAAGAGGAGGAACAAGCAGAAGAAACAGCGGCACCGGCAUUUCAACGACCUCUGGGUUCGCAUAGAGGAGAGCGCCAUGGUCCAGUCCCCGCCUCCUCCUCUGGUCCGCAUCAUCAACGGCUACAUCACGGUGCAGCCGCCUCACAGAGUCCACGGCCACCACGGCCACCAUCACACGCAUUCGGCCUCCUCCUCCUCCUCAGCGUCGCUUUUCCUCGUCCUCUUCUGCACGUCGCUCGCCGUGAUGCCCCCGACGUGGACUGAGAUCCUCUAG